AUGGUGUGCAGCAUCGAGGACUCGCAGCGCGUGCACUACGCCGAGGUGGUGCUGGACGACGCGGCCACGGCGCCGUCGGUGCAGGAGCCCAAGCGCCUGCCGGUGACGGUCGUGGACAUGCGCAGCAGCGGACUGGCCGACGCCCACCAGUCGCAGCACGCACAGCAGCAGUCGCAUCCGGCCAAGAGGGAGCAGGGCAGCAUCUGGCUGCUGGCCUACUGCUGCGUCGGCAUCAUGGUGUCCUUCACGCUCAACGGCGUGGUGCUCGAGAAGAUCACGACCCAUCGCGUGCUGGGCGAGCUGUCCAUGACCUUCGUGUUCUGCGUGUUCAACUCGGUGGUGGCCAUCGGCCUCAGCCGCGCGCGCAAGGAGCCGCCGUCCACCAUGCCGCAGAGUUUCCUGGUUAUCGUCGGUGCACUGGCCUUUGGCUCCACCAUCGCGUCCAUGGUGGCGCUGCGCUACGUGUCGUACAUCACGCGCAUCCUGGGCAAGUCGUGCAAGUCCAUCCCGGUCAUGAUCAUGGGCGUGCUGCUCGGCAAGAAGUACGCCUUCAAGAAGUACGUGUCGGUGCUCGUGCUGUCCGUCGGCGUGGCCGUGUUCCUGCUGGGCACCGCCCACGAGAAGCACCACCGCGCCGCGCCGCGCAACGAGAGCCACGACAGUCUGCCUGAGCAGGAGCGCACCCCCAACAUGGUGCUGGGCUUCUCGCUGCUGGUGCUGUCGCUAAUCUUCGAUGGCGCCACCGGCGCACUGGAAGACAAGUUCAUGGAGGCGUACCACAUCGGAGCUUUCGACCUCAUGUACUACGUCAACAUCUACAAGGCCCUCUUCUCUGCUGCCGGUAUGGUCGUGAACGGUGAAGUGCCAGUAUUCCUGCAGUAUGUGGUGCCGUCGCUGCCCAACCUCAUGAUGCUCAGCUUGACGGGCGCCUUCGGCCAGGCCUUCAUCUUCUUCACCAUCAGCAAGUUUGGCGCGCUGACCACAGCUAUCAUCGGCACGUGCCGUAAGGUGCUGAGCAUCGUGCUGUCGGUGUUCCUGUUCGGCCACGUGCUCUCGAUGGAGCAGACCGUGGGUCUCGGGCUGUCGUUCGUCGGUAUCGGCCUCAACUGGGUCAACAUGAAGAACUGCUUCGCCAAGUCGUCGCCUCCCCAGACCGCCGCGGCAGAGCCCAUCGAGCUGGACGACCUGUCCAAGGAGAGUUUGCUGGAGAGCAGCAGUGACGACACCGCCGACUCCGACUCCGACGAGCAGGAUGUGGUAAUCUCGACCCACGACGCCGCUGAGGACAAAGCGAUGUCAGCAGAGACUGCGCGCAAGCUGGAACUCGUCAAUGCCUGGCACCGUCAGACCGCUCGUGAAGCUGAGGAGGCAUCGUCGAGUGACGAUGACGCAUCUGGUGCUAGCGACGUCGCUGCUCAGGUUGUUUAGAUCGGAGCUAGCUGGCCUACCUUCGAGAAAAUAAUAUACCCCACCCUAUUUAC